GUUAUUUUUAAAAGUUGCCGAGAAAAUGUUGGUUAGUUUGAGGAGUACAGCCUACAGUUUAAAUGUUUUCUCGUGUUACAGGCCGCACUCGUUAUAUUAAAUUAUUAUUAUAUACCUGAUUCUAGAUUUUCUUAACUCUACGUCUGGAAUAUCUACCGUUCGCAGACUAGACAUAGGCAUAUUUGUGUUGUGAGAUAUUUUUAGUUUGUAGUAUAAUGUGCUACUACAUGUAGUUUAAAACGCUUUGGAAGUAGUACGAAUAAAUCACUAAGAGGAUUGAUAAUGUAAAGGGAGCAAAUAAAAGUAGUGUACUUUGAGACGUAAAUUGCAAAAAUAUAAUAGAUGUAUAAUUUUGAUUUUUUUUUUAUAUAAUUUGAAUUUGUAGUUUAAUGUUGAUUUUUGAUUGUGAGAAUGCAUAAUAGAUAAAAUGUCAAAAAUCUCUCUGGACGGCUUUUUUUCCUACUGCAAGUCAAUAGCUGAGCAUAUCCAACUGGGCGAGAGAAUGGCGGCGCUAUCUGGACAAGGAACCCCCAGGCUGACCUCCUCCGUGGGCAACCUCUACUAUGACUCCAUCCUGCCGUACCGCGAGGAUGCCGGGCCCCAAACCCGGGAGUUCCUGGCGCGCGUCGUGGACGUUCUGCUGGAUUUCGUGCAGCAGGUCAACGACCGCAACGAGAAGAUCCUAGAAUUCAAGAUGCCUGAAGAAAUGCAGAAGCUGCUAGACCUUGAGCUUCGCGAUGAGCCGCUGCCGCUCAAGCAGCUGCUGGAAGAUUGCAAGACCACCCUGAAGCACCAGGUCAAGACUGGCCACCCCCACUUCUUCAACCAGCUCUCCUGCGGCCUGGACAUCAUUUCCCUGGCCGGCGAGUGGCUGACGGCCGCCGCCAACACCAACAUGUUCACGUACGAGAUCGCUCCCGUCUUCAUACUGAUGGAGAACGUGGUUCUCGAGAAGAUGAGGGCUAUGAUCGGGUGGAGCGAUGGUGACUCUAUUCUGGCCCCUGGUGGUUCCGUGUCCAACUUGUACGCGUUCCUGGCAGCUCGCCACAACAUGUUCCCACAGUACAAGGAGAAGGGACUUUCCAGCAUUCCUGGACAUUUGGUCAUGUUUACGUCAGAUCAGUGCCACUACUCCGUGAAAUCCUGCGCCUCGGUCUGCGGUCUCGGCACGGAUUACUGCAUCUCCGUGCCUUCUGAUGAGCGCGGGCGCAUGAUUCCAGCUGAGCUGGAGCGGCGCGUGCGCGAACAUAAGGAUAAGGGCAACGUGCCGUUCUUCGUAAACGCGACGUCAGGAACCACCGUGCUGGGCGCGUUCGACCCGCUGCCCGAGAUCGCCGACAUCUGCCAGAAGUACAACAUGUGGAUGCACGUCGAUGCUGCGUGGGGCGGCGGCCUGCUGUUCUCCAAGAAGUACCGCCAUCCGCGUCUCACGGGCAUUGAGAGGGCUGACUCCGUGACCUGGAACCCGCACAAGCUGAUGGGCACCCUGCUCCAGUGCUCCACCGUACACUUCAAGAUUCCCGGCAUCCUGCUGAGCUGCAACGAGAUGGCCGCCGAGUACCUCUUCAUGACGGACAAAAUCUACGAUCCUCGCUUCGACACCGGCGACAAGGUCAUCCAGUGCGGACGCCAUAAUGACAUCUUCAAGUUGUGGCUGCAGUGGCGCGGGAAGGGCACGUCAGGCUUCGAGCGCCACAUGGACCGCCUGAUGGAGCUAUCCGAGUACAUGGUGCGCCGCAUCCGCGAGCAGAGCGACAAGUUCCACCUCAUCCUGGAGCCGGAGCUGGUCAACGUCAGCUUCUGGUACCUUCCGCGUCAGCUGCGAGGAGUGCCCCAUGAUCAGAAGAAGGAAAUUCUCCUUGGCAAGGUUUGCGCCAAGCUGAAGGGCCGCAUGAUGCAGGCCGGCACCAUCAUGGUGGGCUACCAGCCGGACGACCGCCGCCCCAACUUCUUCCGUAACAUCAUCAGUUCAGCCGCCGUCACCGAGAAGGACGUAGACUUCCUGCUGGCCGAGAUGGACCGACUCGGGCAUGACAUCGUUGUGGACUAAAGUGAAAACGCAAGUCUUUCAACGGAUCGAGAUUUAUUUUUCUUCUACAGAUCUGUUCUUGACACUAUGUUAAGGCGUUCUGUUAGAUAGCUUUUGGGUUAUUGAGAUCAUUUGUGAUUUGUCAUAAGGUGAAUCGCCUUUAAAAAGAAAUAUGACAUUUCCUUCUACACACCUAUUUGCUGAACAUUAUUUAGACGUUUAUUGUCGCUGUAAUGUCACGAAAAUUUUGAAAAUUUAUCAUUGAUCAAAUUGAUCAAAGUCUCUCAUCGAAUUCUAAAUUAGGUCCGUUGAAAAGACCUAUACGUCAAAAAUGUGGUUUCCCUUCCAAUGAAUAAGUAGCGUUUGACUUGUAUUUAAAAACGUUAGUUUUUUCAUUAGUCAAUAUCAGUCAAUGCCACGAAAUCGGUUAAAAAAUAGAACUAGUACCUAAUCAGUGCAACUCGUACCUGUACGUACAUGUAUUAUCUUUUUACCAAAGAGUUAUUGAUUGUAGAAGAAAACUGUAAUAAACGAAGAACUCCACUUAUUUAAUUUUUUUCUACUUCCGCUAUCGAAUUCGUAAUUCGAUUUUGUCUUAGACUUUAUACCUAUUAUACUAAUCAUAACUCUUUGCGAGUGUUGUUAAAAAACCGUUUGGCUGGUCAUGAAGUUAGUUACUAAUAUAUUUGACGAGAUGGCGUUGUUAACGUUAUAAACUAAAAAAUAUAGCUUUGUGUUGAAUAUUGAUUCUACCUUACUAGGCAUUAUAUAAUGAUUAAUCGCUUUUGGUGCGUAUUUUAACGGGGUAUUGGCUGUAUUGCCUCCAGUAGAUAUCUUGAGAGCUAAGUACAUGUAAUGUAGUAUUUAAAUUCGUAAUUAAUCUUCGUUCAAGACUAAGAUUGGGAAGAGAACGGUUUAGAUGCGCUAUUUUCAGGCAGAUUCUUAUUCAAGGCUAUAAAUACAUCGGUAAAACGUAACAAAAAUGUAUAAAUACAAUUCAAAAGUUGAUAUUAAUAUAUGUAUGUAUCGUUAAAAUUAAAUUCUAAUAUAGGUAUGUACAGUCAGCAUCAAAAGUAGCGCAUCAAAUAACGUUUCAUAAGUAUCUACCAUUCUGUAACAGCGUAACAAAAAGUGAUGUCAUUAAUAUAGAACAACCAAGACUGUAAAAGAUAUGCUUUUGAGCGCGAAUUUUAACAAUUUAUCUAUAUUUGGAAAAGUUAUCCGGAAUAUCAGAUACUUUUGGCGCGUUGUUUCAUCCGCUACUAUUGAUGCUGACUGUACAAAAAAAAUGUUAUUAUUGUUCACAUUUGUCAACACGUUUUUAUGUUGACCUGCGUUCGCGAUAUUUUAAUAUUUAUGUAUGUUGCCUGAAAAUGAUCAGAUUGAAAUUGCUUUAAUAUUAGAAGAUUGGCUUGAAACUGCUCAAAGUGACAUGAGAUUAUAAAACAAAGUUGGAGGAAUUGUAACAAUAUAGUCAAAUAUUAGAGGUCCACUUCUUUAUAAUAUAAUAUACUUAUUUAAAGUUUAGAUUUUAAACUCGAAACACUGUACUAUGCCUAGCAUUUCCAAAAAUCAAAACAUAUACUUUUAUAAACCAUACAAGCUUCAGCUACAGCUGUGUAAAAUUAAUUUGGAUCUUAAAACCAAUAAAAUGAUUAGAAACGUUUUAAUAAAUUUAAAAAUAUAUAUCUAGUGUUCCAAAACUUGCAUUUAUUGGCUACUUAGUGGGUUCUAUGUUGGCUAACAUUUAUAUGAACCGUCUAUAAAAUAUAUUAGAAUAAAUAGUCAUAAUAUUCAUGAAUCAUAUAUUAUAAAUGUCUAAAUGUCUUCCGGGAAAUUAAGUCUAAAUGUUUGUUGACAAUGGAAAUAUAUUUUCAAUAGUUAAGAUGUUAAAUUUAAUAUAUUGUAUUUAAUAAGGAAUUUCCAUCAUAAGGCCUAAAUUAUUUUUCAUUUGUAUUAAUGUGUGAGCUGAAAGCGUAUUUAUUUGCUUAAAAUAUAUUUCUCUUUGGGAAAUGGUUGAAAAUUUUACGCGUAGCGUAGCCUAGGUAUAUUUAGAAAUAAAAAUAAUAUAUGUAUCAGUGUAUCAGUCAUAUAUACGAGACAUAGGUAUCUCCCAUUUUGCCAAUUAAAAGUAUAUUUUACAUGUUGUGUAGUAGCCUUUCGAAAUUAAAUUAUUUGUUAAAUGCGAGUCUAAAAGGCGCCUCGCAAACGGGCAGAAAUUAUCAGGAUUCAGCACCGUAUGCUCUAUGGUCACGAAAUUUAUUAAUAUAUUGUCUGUGUCAUAUGAUUUUUCCAUACAAAAAAACGGAGUUUAUAGACAAUACUUUUUCCGAAUUUAUUCCAGAGCUGAAUUCCUGUUAAUUGCCCAUGUGUGGUGCGCCUUAAGUAGUCUAAGAGAAUUUAUUUGACGCGUAAGUCACGCCCUAUUAUAAUUAAAAUUGUGAUUUUUGUUUAUUGGCUACGUAUAUAUUUAUAUUUAAAAUAGCUUAUUUUCAAAUUAUUGAAUCUAUCGUUUGACAAUGUUAGGUAAAGUGUAAUAUCUUAAAUUAUUGUGUAAAAACGCAAUAAAUAAUAAUAAUGCAUUGCACCGUUACUCGCCAUUAGGUAUCAUAUAAAAAUAGAUAUAAGUAAUAAUUAGUGUAUUGUGUAUUUUUCCCUACAAAAGACUUUAAACUGUCUUGUGUUAAUAAUAUUGGUUUGAUUAACAGUUUAUCUCCAAGGUCACAAUUUCUAAGAUUUUAUGAUUUUCACCGACACUAAGUUUUUUAUUAAUUGUUUUUUGGCGAAUUUAAGUUUCCCUUAUUUUAAGUACGUAUUAUUUUCAUAGGAUAUGUAACUAUAAGACAAUACGAAAUGUGACGAUGACAAUAGUAAUAGUAGACUAGAAGAGUGAAGGAGGUAAUAUAUAUUAUGUAACUCUGUCUGUAUGUUGUCUCGAUUUUUGGCUAUCUUCAUGUUGUUGAUGUAUAUUUUACUUUUUUAAAUGUAAUUUUAUUUCAAACUCGAUGUAUUUCUGCUACAGUACUUUAAGCUGUGUUUCCAUUUAAACAGAUAACUCAAUAAUAACACAACUAUCUAUAAAUGAAUACAUGGCUAAAUAGGCUUCAUAUUUUCUUCUUCAACUGGUAGCGCCACCUAGUGGCCGGUAGAUGAACUAAGCGUUUCGUUUCUUUGAACUAAGUGUUUUAGAUAAACAAUAAUUGCGACUAAAAGUCGUUUAUUUUCGAUUGUUAAGAUGAAACUAUCUGUCAAAUUAUAAAUAAAUUAAAUGUAAAUAGGUAGUGUGUCUGAAGAGUGCGAGGGUUUUUAGUAUGCUACAGAUUUCAAUUUAUUUUUGCGAAGGUUAUAUUGUAAUAAGUUUUAGCUAAUUAAUAAAAAUAUGAGCAUUUUUGAAAUUAUUAAAAGCAUAGAGUGUUUUUAACAUAGUACUAGAAAUGUAUUAUUUCUUGCCAACAACAGAGGGCGCUAAAGUCACUUAAUUUAUUAAAGAGUAUUUUUUUACCGAUGCGAAAUUAAAUAAAGGUUAACUCUUCUAGGGCAAAUUAUUUUUCCAUAAUAUUACUUAGUUUUUGAAUUAAACUCAACAAUAUGGCUUUAUUUGCUGUAUUAAAGUAUGUACGCGACUACUAAGUAUGUAAUGACAUGUUUCUGUGUAAAAGAAAAUAUAUUUUCAAUGUCAAAUAAGAUAAAUGGAAUACAGCAACAAAAUACAAAGGUCUUCCAUGAAUGUCUUCCAUUUAUAUUAGAGUAAGCUACUGUUCUGUGCAAAACUUCUAAAUUGUACCGCUACUCGCCGGUAGAUGGCAGUACUUAUAAAAUUUAAAGCACUUUUACAACGGUCACAACGGACGUGAUAAAUAAGGACUGUUAAUUAUCAAUUAAAAUUACUUUGCUCCGAUCAAGAGCUCAGAGCAGAUAUUUUGUCAAAGUCGGAGGAACUUAACUUCCUGUUGCGAUUGGCAGUCUAUUCUUUAUACGUCUCUGUAAUUAUUAAUUAUUGUGAUAUUUUAUGUUCAUCGAAUACUUAAUCUAGACGUAUUAGUGUUUCGACAAGUUUAGUGUUUAGAAGCAAUAUACCGUUCACUAAGUCACUGUAACGUGUCACAGUUAGCCAAAAUUGAUAUAUCCUGAUUGUUGCUAUAUGUAAGAACCUGUAUAACCAAUAAAUGGUAUUGUUGUUAGUU